UCGACAACCACCAACGACACCCCAACUUUUUGUAUCCCACGACAUUCGAGACGUAAUCAUGGGUAGAGGACCGUAAGUAUCUUUCUUUGGUUCUCUGGAUUCGACAUCUCGCCGCGGACGAAUGCGCCCUCUUCCAACCGCACAAAUUAAUGCAAAAUUGAUUGAGGGGCGUACCGCGACGAGAACAUAGCUACCACACGCCCCAAAUGACCUCUCCGCGACUCUUCCAUUAUGACAGCCAUGAGCACUUGCUAAUCAAAUUUUCUCUCACAGAAAGAAGCACCAAAAGCGCCUCAGCGCGCCAUCGCAUUGGCUCUUGGACAAAUUGUCCGGUGCCUAUGCUCCUCGUCCAUCUCCAGGUCCUCACAAGCUCCGCGACUGCAUGCCAUUAAUCGUCUUCAUCCGAAAUCGCCUAAAGUAUGCUCUCAACGCUCGCGAGACCAAGGCCAUUGUCAUGCAACGCUUGAUCAAGGUUGAUGGCAAGGUCCGUACCGAUGCCACCUACCCAGCAGGCUUCAUGGAUGUCAUCAGCAUCGAAAAGACCGGCGAACACUUCCGUCUCGUCUACGAUACCAAGGGUCGAUUCACCGUCCACCGAAUCCAAGCCGAGGAGGCCGAAUACAAGUUGGGCAAAGUCAAGAGAGUGCAAUUGGGCAAGGGCGGAAUCCCAUUCUUGGUCACGCACGAUGCUAGAACGUAAGUUCUGUCAGACAUCAUUCAGCCGUUGGUCCAAGCUUUGGUCGAUUUACACUCGAUAUCAUGUCGAACGAUUGGAGCUAGAUCAACGGUUGCUAUACAAACCCUCUAGGAAUGCUGACAGUUUUCUUCUAUCUAGUAUCCGUUACCCUGACCCAGCCAUCAAGGUCAACGACACCGUUAAGAUUGAUCUCGCUACCGGAAAGAUCACCGACUCCAUCAAGUUCGACACUGGUAUGAUUGCCAUGGUUACUGGUGGUCGUAACAUGGGUCGUGUUGGUGUUAUCACUCACCGUGAACGUCACGAUGGAGGUUUCAACAUUGUCCACAUCAAGGAUGCCAUAGAUAACUCAUUCGCCACCCGUGAAGGCAACGUUUUCGUUAUUGGUUCAGAAAAGCCAUGGGUUUCUCUACCAAAGGGCAAGGGUGUUAAGCUCACCAUUGCUGAGGAGAGAGAUCGCAGACGUGCUCAGGCUAUCGCCAGCUAAAUGUGCAUUUCUGUUUAAGGUCAAGAAAGGUUA